AUGUUCCGGUGUUGUGAAAGAGGAAAUCGAGAGAUGGCGCGUAUCAGAGGACGCGAUGGUAGAAUUAGGCGUUCCGAAGAUAUCGGACAUGAAGAGUUUCUGCGGCGCCAGGCGGAGGAGCAGCAGGAGGAGGAGCUUGUGCCUGAGGUGCAACCUGUGGUGUGGCCUGGAGGACCGAUUGAUACUAGUCUUCUGACACGGUAUCAUGAGCACGUUGCUCGUCAUGUAUGGUUUGGCGAGGAACGUCAUGGACCAAGAAUUGAAUUAAAGAUAACAUCUCUCGGUGGCAAACUGGCCGAAUUGGUUCCUGAUCAACAUCCACCAAUUGUUGAAGGUUGGAUGACUACAUCUGGGCUGAGUCCACUUGAGCGGACCAGUUUGAACAAGGUCGAUCCGAAUCUUAUAUCCGCAUUUGUUGAGAGAUGGCACCCAGAGACAUCGUCAUUUCACAUGUCUUUUCCUAUAUAUUUGAUUGACAUCAACAACAGACUCUGGAUUUUGAUCUUUCAAAUCUAAAAUGAUGUGCCUUGGUGCUACACGACGCUUUGUCAAAUCUUCAACACGUUUGUAAAAUCUGCGGUUAAAAUAUUCCAACAAUGUAUAUUAGUGAUCCAAGUCAUACCAUCUUAACUAAACAAUCAACACUCAUGUUAGCCCGUGUGGAUCGAUA